GUAUUCAAUGGUCUCGUGUUUGCUGCCUUCUCAGCUCACUCCGUCUUCGUCUGCCUCUCGCCUUGGACAUUUGAGCGAUGUCUACCUUGACGAGGACUCUGAAUUGGAAAUGGAUGCCCCCUGCUCCCUUCCCCAUGAGAUCCCCCACAACGAGAAGCUCCUGUCUCUCAAGUAUGAGAGCUUGGACUACGACAAUUGUGAGAACCAGCUCUUCCUGGAAGAGGAAAGGAGGAACCACACGGCCUUCCGGACAGUGGAGAUCCGGCGCUGGGUCAUCUGCGCCCUGAUUGGGAUUUUCACUGGCCUCGUCGCCUGCUUCAUCGACAUCCUGGUGGAGCGCUUGGCAGGGCUGAAGUACAAAGUGGUGAAGGGCAAUAUUGACAGGUUCACGGAGACGGGAGGCCUGUCUUUCUCGCUGCUUCUCUGGGCCGCCCUGAACGCUGCUGUCGUGAUGGUGGGCUCCACAAUCGUGGCCCUUGCUGAGCCAGUGGCUGCUGGCAGUGGAAUCCCCCAGAUCAAAUGUUAUCUCAAUGGUGUGAAGAUCCCCCACGUGGUCCGGUUGAAGACACUGGUGGUCAAAGUCUGUGGCGUGAUUCUCUCGGUGGUCGGGGGCCUUGCCGUCGGAAAGGAAGGCCCCAUGAUCCACUCAGGGGCUGUCAUCGCAGCUGGGAUUUCUCAGGGACGGUCAACUUCCUUGAAGAGAGACUUCAAGAUGUUUGAGUACUUCCGGAGAGACACGGAGAAGAGGGACUUUGUCUCGGCCGGAGCUGCGGCAGGCGUCUCGGCUGCCUUUGGAGCCCCUGUUGGCGGUGUGCUGUUCAGCUUGGAGGAAGGAGCUUCCUUUUGGAACCAGUUCCUGACCUGGAGAAUUUUCUUUGCCUCCAUGAUCUCAACCUUCACCUUGAACUCCAUCCUGAGCAUCUACCACGGCAACCCCUGGGACCUCUCCAGCCCGGGGCUCAUCAAUUUUGGCCGCUUUGAUACCGAGAAAAUGGGCUACACCAUCCAAGAAAUCCCAAUUUUCAUCUUCAUGGGAGUUGUGGGGGGGAUUCUCGGGGCCACCUUCAAUGCCUUGAACUAUUGGUUGACCAUGUUCCGGAUAAGGUACAUCCACCGCCCCUGCUUGCAGGUGCUGGAGGCUAUGCUGGUGGGGGCCGUGACGGCGGCUGUGGGGUUCGUGAUGAUCUACAGUUCCCAGGACUGCCAGCCUCUCCAAGGCAACCGGGUGACCUAUCCCCUGCAGCUGUUCUGUGCUGACGGAGAAUACAACUCCAUGGCCACGGCCUUCUUCAACACGCCCGAGAAAAGCGUGGUCAGCCUCUUCCACGACCCCCCAGGGACCUACAACCCCAUGACCUUGGGCAUGUUCACCUUGGCAUAUUUCUUCCUGGCCUGUUGGACCUAUGGGCUGACGGUCUCCGCGGGGGUCUUCAUCCCGUCCCUGCUGAUCGGGGCCGCCUGGGGCCGCCUCUUCGGCAUCUCGCUCUCCUAUAUCACCAGUGGCUGGAUCUGGGCGGACCCAGGGAAAUACGCUCUGAUGGGAGCUGCUGCACAGUUGGGGGGGAUCGUGCGCAUGACGCUGAGCCUGACGGUCAUCAUGAUGGAGGCGACAGGCAACGUCACCUACGGCUUCCCCAUCAUGCUGGUGCUGAUGACGGCCAAGAUCGUGGGCGAUUACUUCGUCGAGGGCCUGUACGACAUGCACAUCCAGCUACAGAGCGUCCCCUUCCUGCACUGGGAAGCCCCCGUCACCUCCCACUCCCUCAUCGCCAGAGAGGUGAUGAGCACCCCAGUCACUUGCCUGCGCCAGGUGGAGAAGGUGGGCACCGUCGUGGACAUCCUCAGCAACACCAGCUCCAACCACAAUGGGUUCCCAGUAGUAGAGAGCCUCCCCGACGGCUCCCAGACCUUGGGACUGCGAGGCCUGAUCCUGCGCUCCCAGCUGAUCGUUCUGCUGAAGCACAAGGUCUUUGUGGAGCGUAGCAGCCUCUCCUUGGUGCACCGUCGCUUGAAGCUGAAGGACUUCCGGGACGCCUACCCCCGCUUCCCCCCCAUCCAGUCCAUCCACGUGUCGCAGGACGAGCGGGAGUGCAUGAUGGACCUCACCGAGUUCAUGAACCCCUCGCCCUACACAGUGCCGCAGGAGGCCUCCCUCCCUCGCGUCUUCAAGCUCUUCCGGGCCUUGGGCUUGCGCCACCUGGUGGUGGUGGACAAUCGUAACCAGGUGGUGGGACUGGUCACCAGGAAGGAUCUGGCCCGGUACCGCCUGGGGAAGGAGGGUUUGGAGGAACUGUCGCUGGCCCAGACGUGACCCGGUGGCACCAAAGGCUUGGCUGUGCAUCGUGGCCCCUCUGCAGCCUAGUCCAGCCCUGCCCUGCCUCUCUCUCGAGACAGAGGUUGUAGUGGGGGACGCUGACCCAGUGCCCAGCCCCUGGUGUCUCACAGUGUGUCCCCCACAGCCUGCCCCCCACUCCCUGGCCCUCCAGGUGGACUCCCUCCCUCCUUCCCUCCCUCCCUUUCCCCUCCUUUCCAUUCACGGUCUUAAUACGGGAUCAAGGAGGCGGUAGGUUUUAUUGAGGAACUGCGCUACGAUUCAGAGGAGCCCUUUCCUCACAGUGCCCUUUCUGUUGCAACCCGGUUCUGAGCAGAUGCUCCUCUGCCCCAGCUCCCACCAACAGUGCCUUUCUUCCUUCCUUUCCCUCUGCCCUUCUGUGCCUGGACUGGACCUGAACAGAGCCGGCCUGGAGAAUCCGGCCAGGGAUUUCCAAUAGUGUCUCGUGGCUGCGUAUCAGGAUGGACUGACCCUGCCUGGCAACUGUGUCACUGCCCCCCACACACACGCACACUGUACCCAAUGCUGCAGGGGGGUGGCUCAGGCAGGCUGGGGGCGUGGGGGCCUUUCUCCGCACCUCUCCCCUUCCCUCAAACUCUUCUCUAUUCUGGGCCAGUGGGGAAAAAACUGCUGCUGCCCUUGUGGCUUUUUAUUGCUAGCCGAAUAGCAGGGUGGGUCGAGGUGGGGGGUUGCUUUAGAUGCUUGGAUGGUUUCUAUCCUCCUCAUUUGAGUUACUGUGGCCUCCCUCUGGCUUUCAAGCUGCCAACUUGCAAAGAGGGAGGGUCGUGUCCCUUCUCUGCCUCCACACCCCCUCUGGACGUUCCUGACGCUGCAGCUUUUGGGGCUGCAGAGGCUCUGGUGGGAGCUGCUCACAGGGCUCAGCACCCCCCUCCAGCGAAGGGAGCUGGGGGCAGGAAGACUCCCCACCCUCCACCCCGUCUCAGUCCCUGUUCCUGAGAGCGCUUCCUCUGACCCUUAGCAGCUCAGCUGAGAGGAAGCAAGGAGGACCUGCAGGCUUGGGGAAGGGGGAAGAGUGUGCCUCCCCCCCAUCUGGAAGCCCCUCAUCUGCCGUGGGGCCCUUGGUCGUGGGCUGGCUGCCUCCUGGCCCCGAGCAACUGCAGCUCAAGAAGAUAACCUUUUUUUUGUGCUGGAAUAAAAACCUAUUUAUCCUUU